CAUUAACAAGACGUCAAAGUCGUUAUUCUGUGUUAAAUAUUCUAACUAAAGAGUGAGGACCUAUCGAAUGUUUAGUUCCGUAAAUAUUUAGUAUACUUGGCUCAUUGAUUGCAAGUAAUUGCCUAAUUAUUGAAUCCGAAUACAGUUGUGACAUGGAUAUUUAGUGCGUUAAUAGAACCGAAAUAUGGAAGUUUCAGGCGCAGGGAAAUCCCCAAAUACGUCACUAUCAUUUAGAUACAAUGCUAAUAAUGAGGAACUGGAGGAACUUCUUCAGGCCUGUGAGGACGACCCCCCAACACCACAAGCUGAGCCAGCUCCGGUUAGGAGUGAAAGUGCCAGUCCUAAAAGAGCCGAGAAGAAUAUAUCCAUCAUAGAUAAAUAUUUCAAAUCUAUGCGUACAGAGAAAACAAAUGAAAAGACAGAGGAUAUCAAACCAGAGAUUAAACCGGAAGAAACUCGUUCUAUAAUACCUCCCAAAGAAAUCACUUCAUCCCCUAUGAAAGAGUAUCUAAACCGGCUUGGAAAAAGAAACACCCCAGAGGUCGCUCCGGAGGGAAAGGAGGCUAAUGAAACUUGGAAAAUAUUUCAUGAUUUUAAGUUCAAAAUAGCUCAAGCUGUCGAAGAUAUGAAAACGCGUUCUGUUGAAGACACUAAGGACAAAAGUCUACCGAGAGAAAACUCGACAUCAGAUUCUGAAGAGAAUUCAGCUGUUAAGGACUCGGAUCAGCAGAGUAUGGGUGAUACGGACAAUCAAGUGUCUUCAUUGGACAGCAGUAUGCAGAACUUAUCUGACAUGACUCAGCCAUUAACGGCCAAGCCUAUGGAGUUUGAGCUGAUAAAGGAAACGAAUUUAAACAAAAGUCACUCGGAAUCCAGUGAUGACACGCAUAAGAAUUUACCAUAUCAAGAAUCGGACUUAGCGAGGGAAUUCUUACAAGACAGUAUAGAGAUCGAGUCCGGUGUUGAAGCCCUCGAGGACACGAUCGACGCUUUCGGCGACGCCAAUCAGAUAGAAAUGGAAGACAAUAAAAGAACAACAGAAACACCCACAAACAAUGCGAACACUUCAAACUUCGGACAGCCGCCCAACAAGAACAACAUACACAAAGACGAACCAAAGAAGAAUUAUUUCUUUAAAUUCUCAAUGUAUUUCCUAACGAUAUUUCUAUUCGUUAACUACGUGCUAUUCCCUAAUUCGAAUAUAUGGAACGGUUUCCUAUUGGGCAUUUGGUUUUUCUGUUUCGCAACCAACGUCCGUGAUUGGCUGAUGGAUAACUACUUCAGGGAUUGGGAACCGAGGAAGGGUGGUUUCUUCCAAUUGAAACAGAGCACAACACUACCAUUUAUAUACACGAUACCAACUAUAAAGGAGCACAAGCCGUUGAAAAAGUUUGAGGGUUGGUUAAAUCAUUAUAGGUUUCCAGACUACGAUCCCUUCACGUAUCACAUCAAUAAGACAACAACGGCUUUCGUCAAACUUGAAGGUUGCAACCUACGCAUAUCGUACACAAGGACAAAGGUUGCUAAGCGCGCUCUUUGGGACGAAAAGAUUGAAAAUGUAACUUUCUACCAGCACCGGCUAUACAACCUCACUGGUGCGAGAGUCAUAUUGCUGCCGAAAGGUUUAGUUAAAAGGAGGCAAUGGAGCAAGAAAUAUCCAAUUUGCAUAAUAUUGAACGAAAAGGAGAAGAUACAGGUGUUAGAGAAAGAAAACACGGAUAAGAAAUCUGAUACACAGGAGAAGAAAAAUAAAGAUGUACCAGCGGAAGUUGAAAGCGCUGAAACAAACACGACGCCCGAAAAGAAGAGGAAGUUCGUGUGGAGAAAAAAAGAGAAGAGUAUUACACAUACGGAAAUUGAACCCGGUAAAGAAGGCCUUCGUCACAGACUCGUGAGGAAAAUGCACAGAGACAAAAAGAUCGACAACACCUCACAGUGCACCGAACCCGAGACGAGUCAUUCAGAUAAGAACACACAACUUGAAUAUGAAGCGGCGGAAACGGAAAUAGAACUGACCAAGACGGCCAAUAGCAAAGAUGAGGACGUGGAGCUCGAUGAGAGCGAGCUAACCAAGAUCAAAGAGUGUCUAGAGGAAACUGAGUUGGAGACGGGAUCGGAUGGUGCGGCCGAGGGGGAGUGGAGCGUCCACGUCAAACACUCAAGAGAUAAGCAUUCUAGAUUGUAUCUCUUCGCAAGGACCGGAAGAGAUAAACUCGAAUGGUACCGCCGCCUCCUGGUAGCCGUGUCAGAGGCCCGUUCCGACUCUCCCGUUGAGGACGAACGACACACGGACGACAAGGACCCCAUCGAGCUCGCUGUAUACAAGCUCACUGAGAAGGAUACUGUCGCCUUCGCUAAGUCCAAGUCCAACGAGCAGGUGUCUGAGGGGGUGACUAUCAGCAGUACGGCGCAGCCGCUGCCGUCUAACUUUGACCUAUACGAGAAGUCGUUUUGGCCCUACCUACUGAAGAUUAUACAGAACCACGAGACGUCCUCUAAACAGACGACGGACGCGGGCGUCAUGUGUCAGAUAGAGCCCACGCCGCCCGACAGGAGUAAGAGUAAAAAGAAGAAAAAGACAGCUUCCCAGGGCGCGGAGUGCACGUGUCGCGUGUUGCCGGCGGAGGUGUCGUGGGUGAACACCGUGCUGGCGAGGCUCAUGUAUGACGUCAUGAGGGACCCCGCCAUGGUGGCCCGCGUCCAGAACAGGAUACAGAGGAAGCUUAACACGCUCAAGCUGCCGUCGUUCAUGUCUCCGCUGGUGGUGACGGAGCUGGUGCUGGCGGGCUCGUGCCCAGCCGUGUGCGGGGUGGGCUCGCCCUCGCUGGACGCGCGCGGCCUGUGGCUGCACGCCCUGCUGCGCUACGACGGCGGCGCCACCAUCACCAUCCUCACACAGAUCAACCUGCUCAAGCUUAAGGAGAAGAAUCUCACCUUAGAAGAUCAACUACUAGCGGCAGCCGAAAAUACAGUCGAGAGCGAUGCUAGCUGCUCUAUACCGAGCACGCUGCUCACAGACAAGAAACGCAAACCGGCGAUCUACGACUCGGAGGUGGAGGAUUCGGCGGAGUCCAGCAGCGACGACGAGAGCCCGCCCGUGCAGCCCGUCGACAGCACAGAGAAUGUAUUGGCCGCGGACUCUGUAUCGUCAACAAACGAAGGCGGCUCGUCCAAGAAGAAGUUCCUCCGUAUGGUAGACAAGAUAGCCACCAACAAGUACUUCCAGCAGGUAACCGACUACAAGUACGUGAAGCGUGCCAUGGAAGGUCUCAGCAACACGGACAUCAAGCUGCAGCUGGAGGUGAACGGCCUGGAGGGGAGGCUCGCCAUCAACCUGCCGCCGCCGCCGCACGACCGACUGUGGAUAGGGUUCUCCACCAACCCGCAGCUGGUGCUGAAGGCGCGGCCGGCGGUCGGCGCGCGGGCGCUUCGGUUCGCUCACAUCUCCAACUGGAUAGAGCAGAAGCUCACCAAGGAGUUCGAGAAGGUCCUCGUGCUGCCCAACAUGGAGGACUUCAUCAUAGACGUCAUGUCACCCACGCCCAUAGAGUUCGAGUAGGACAUCAGCGUACCAAUACCGGAUUUACAUCUGUACAUCGGGGCUUGACGUGGACUCGCACUGAUUUAGCAUUUCCUGUUCAUCUUACAUGUAUAUCCGCAGAAUAAAAAAAUAUUGCGUGGAGUCCCUGCGCGUUGAAGAAGCGAAGCUUCGUGAUGUAUAAAUGAAAGUAGGAAGGGGUGGAAAUCACUUUUGGUGAACUCAUAUUGUUCCUAUAAGACAAACUUUAUGAACGUUGCUUACAACUCACAAUUGAGCCACCCGCUCACUCUCGCUCCGUCUCUCUCUAUCCCCCUCCCCGGAGCGUUGAACGUUUAACGCAACCUCGUUGCAACUGGCAUAAGGAGAUCCACUUCAAAAAUGAAGAAUUAUACUCUCCGUUUGUAGUGUGACGGUUUAAACUUGUGGUAAGAGCUGAUUAAACUAUAGGAAACUGUUCUAUAACACAAACAAUAUGAGCUCGUCACGGAGACGAGCUGUCACCGAGCGUGUCACACGUGACACGUUAUAUAGAGUGUUUUAUAAUAAGUAACGGACAGACAGCGCUGAGCGUCGGUAGAUAUAGAGAAGAUUAUUGUAAAUAUUGAAAUUAUAAAAGAUUUAUAUAUAUAUAAAACUGUUCCGCACAUGUUACAGUAUACAGAGAGUGGUAUAUGAACGUGUAGCGGUUUGUAUUGUUGUUCGGUAGGGUGUUGUGAGUGUCCCAGCUCGGUCGGGCGCUGCGUGCAGUCUGUGAGCUUCCUUGUACACUGAUAUGACAAUAAUUCUUAUUCUUGAAACCUUUAAGCACGGAACAGUCCUCAUAGUAAUAUUCAUAUAUUUAAUGACUGUACACAGACAAAGUGAACUCCCUGUAGCUGACACUGCCAGAAGCAGAACAUUUUUUUUUUAAACUUGUCUAUAAAUAAUUUUCAGGCGCUAUAUAAAUAUUAAAUAAUUUGUAAGCUAGCGGCGAGGUAAGCGAACUAUUUUUCACAUUAAAAAUAUAUAAAUAUUGUUCAAUCUAAAUGAUCGCACAAGCACGCCUCUACACGGCGUGGGGAGGUCUGUGUGCGUGCUCCUGUCGGUAUAAGGCUGAAUCCUUGCUCACGAUACGCGGCAC